AUGGAGCCACAGAAGGAAGAAGUGCUGCGUUUGUUGGGACUAGAGCCACUGACCACAGAAGGAGGUCUUUAUACCAUCACAUAUGUAUCAUCAAGGACUUAUAACAACGUAACAAAGGAAGGGAGUAACAAGGAAAGAGCUUUAAUGUCAUCUAUCUACUACAUGCUAACUGAUCAAUAUCCUAUUAACUACUUUCAUAGAAAUAAACCGGAUAUUAUACAUUAUUACCACAUUGGUCUACCUAUUAGGUAUCAUAUGGUAUCUCCUGAAGGAGACUACAGGACUGCAGUGAUGGGCAGUGAUUUAAAAGCAGGGCACCAUCUACAGUUGCUUGUUCCAGGAGGAUAUUGGAAAGCUGCUGAAUUGAUUAUUCCAAAAAACUCAGAAAGCAAUAGCACUUAUGGUUUGAUAAGUGAAGCUGUAGUGCCUCAGUUUAAGUUUGAUGAAUGGUCUAUAGCUAUUGAACGUGAUAUUAAAGAUCUUGUCUCGCCUGAAAACUACGAGCUUUUAAAAAAACUUAUUAAAAGUUAA